GAACCCAAAAGCCACAUCUCCAUUCCAUUCCACCCACCCCUUCUUAGCCACAACAUCCUCUCAAUCUAUCUUCUCUUUUCUUCUCUAUAUAUAAAUUAUAGAUUCUUCUUCUUCCAUCUUCCCUCUCGCCUUCUACAAAUCACUCACUCACUCACUCUUUCACAGUGGAAAACUCCAUUUCCACUCUGCAAUUUGCCUCUCUGCUCUGCAACCACUCAAAAAAUUCUCUACAAUUCGUUAUCUAACGGUUUUGUUCUUUCCCAAAUCUACCCAUCAUCGAGAAUCGAAUUUUCAGUCACUUCCCUUCAUACCCACUUCAAUUUUGAACCUCUACAGAAACCCCCAUUACUUGUUUUUCCUCGCCGGAGAUGAUCACCGGAAAGGAUUUGUACACUGUCUUGACGGCGGUGAUUCCUCUGUAUGUGGCUAUGAUUUUGGCCUACGGUUCUGUACGUUGGUGGAGGAUCUUCUCCCCCGACCAAUGCUCCGGGAUCAACCGCUUUGUCGCCAUUUUCGCUGUUCCUCUGCUUUCGUUUCAUUUCAUCUCUACUAAUGACCCUUAUGCUAUGAACUUUCGGUUCAUUGCUGCUGAUACUCUGCAGAAGAUUAUCAUGCUUGUUGCUCUUACAAUUUGGGCGAAUUUCACUAAAAAUGGAAGUCUGGAAUGGAUGAUUACCAUUUUCUCGCUUUCGACUUUGCCGAAUACGUUGGUGAUGGGGAUUCCUCUGUUACAGGCUAUGUAUGGAGGUAACUCUGGAAGUUUGAUGGUUCAAGUUGUUGUUAUGCAGUGCAUUAUUUGGUAUACGCUUUUACUUUUUCUGUUUGAGUAUCGUGGAGCGAAGAUUCUGAUUAUGGAGCAAUUUCCUGAAACUGCGGCCUCCAUUGUUUCCUUCAAAGUCGAUUCCGAUGUGGUUUCGCUAGAUGGGAGGGAUUUUCUUGAAACCGACGCUGAAAUUGGCAACGACGGCAAGCUUCACGUCACUGUAAGGAAAUCAAACGCUUCACGGCGGUCGUUAGGGCCUUGUUCGCUUCCUGCGUUGACGCCACGGCCGUCGAAUCUCACCGGAGCAGAGAUUUACAGUUUAAGUUCUUCCAGAAACCCUACGCCGCGAGGUUCGAAUUUCAACCACACGGAUUUCUACUCUCUGAUGGGGUAUCAAGGACGGCACUCCAAUUUUGGCCAGCCGGAGUUGUAUUCCGUUCAAUCGUCCAGAGGUCCGACGCCACGGCCGUCGAAUUUCGAGGAGAGUUCCGGUAUUCCGGCGGCGAAUUCUCCGAGAUUCGGUUUCUAUCCAGCGCCGAAUCCAGAGUUCACGAAGAGCGGUAAAACACAACCACCGCAGCAGCCGCCGCCGCCGCCGCAGAACGGCGGCGGCCCGAUGAGUAAAGCCAGCCAUGACGCGAAGGAGCUUCAUAUGUUCGUUUGGAGUUCAAGCGCUUCGCCAGUUUCAGAAACUGACGGUCUCCAUGUAUUCAACGGGACCGAUUUUGGAGCUACUGAACAAAUUGGACGACCCUCCGAUCAAAACGCCAAGGAAAUCAGGAUGUUCAUCGCCGAUCACCCACAGAAUGGGGAGAAAAAAGUUGCUGAAAGUGAGGGAAAGUUGAUAGGAGAAGAGUUGCAUUUAGACAAUGAGAAAGAAGAACAUGUUCCUAUAGGGCUCCACAAGCUUGGCUCCGGUACCGCCGCUGCCAUCUCUGCAGCCACCCCAGCUCCGGAAAGUGGGGCGGCGAAACAAAUGCCUCCGACGAGCGUUAUGACACGUUUGAUCUUAAUCAUGGUGUGGAGAAAGUUGAUUAGAAAUCCAAACACAUAUUCAAGUCUCAUUGGCCUUGUUUGGUCCCUUAUUGCCUUUCGUUGGCAUGUGUCUAUGCCUAAAAUAAUAGCACAAUCAAUCUCCAUUCUCUCAGAUGCUGGGCUUGGAAUGGCAAUGUUUAGCUUAGGUAUAUUCAUGGCUUUACAACCAAAACUAAUUGCUUGUGGAAACUCUGUUGCUUCAUUUGCCAUGGCUGUGAGGUUCCUCACUGGCCCGGCUGUGAUGGCGGCUGCUUCGGUCGCUAUUGGUCUGCACGGAAAUCUCCUUCGCGUCGCUAUUGUUCAGGCUGCAUUGCCUCAAGGCAUUGUUCCCUUUGUUUUUGCUAAAGAGUACAACGUCCAUCCUGCCAUUCUUAACACCGCAGUCAUCUUUGGGAUGUUAAUAGCACUUCCAAUCACUCUUGUCUACUACAUUCUUCUCGGGUUGUAAAAAUCUCACCAUUACCAAAAACACAACCAAAAUCCAAGAAAAAUUUAUAAUUCUUUUCUUGUAGCAAAUGGAAGAACAUCAUCUCAAAGAUUUGAUUUUCAACGACCGAAUUAGCAAAAGGAUGUUCACUAAAGGUUUGAUUUUCCACUCGACAUGCGUUAAACUCAAAUUAGGUUAGCAAAAAAGUUCCAAAUAUUUGGGGAGAUUACUUGCUCUGUGGGACCAAAGCUUAGUACAAAUCAUACUAGAAGAAGGCCAAAAAAAAAAAAAAAAAGAGUUGAAAAGACAAGAGCAAGCAAAAGUAAAUGCUAAUUAAGCUGCAGAAGAAAGGAGGGAGAAAUAAUGACAAAUGGGGAAACAUUCAUGAGGAAAUCAAGGAAAGUGGUUGUUUUUCUCUCUCCUUUUUCAACUUUGCUUGUAAAGUUUGUUAAAUUUUCAAUGUUUUUUGUGUUCAAAGAAGAGGACAAAUUUGACUAACUUUGAUAAUUUUAUAAAAACCAUAUUCUCAAAUGUGGAUUGCAAUGAACAGAAAAUUCUCACACAAACAUAUAGGCUUAUUAUUAUUGUUAUUGAAGUUUUUGUAGUCAA